UCACGGCCGUAGAUGUCACGGCGACAAGACGUAGGCGUGAACGUAUAAAUCACGGCGUCAACACAUAACCGCGAAUUUCAAACUUUGUUUGGUCGAGGGACAUCGCGGUGCGACUUUUCUCCUGCGCCAACACAUUUUGGAAAAAUGUCUUUGACAAAGUUGUAUGUUGAUACAGACAAGCUGAUUCAAUUGGUGGAAAACCGACCUGCUCUCUAUAUGACAGAGCAACCGUUAUAUCACAACAAAAUUGCUCGGAGACAAUUGUGGGAUGAGGUGGCGGUUGAACUGUUUGAAGGCUGGGAAGCUCUUUCGGAUGUUGAAAAAAAUUUGCGAGUCAAAGAAAUGCAAAUGCGCUGGAAGCAUGUUCGUGAUUGCUUUCGUAGGGAAGUGGCUGCCCAGAAGACAGAAACACGGAGUGGUGCAUCGCCUUCCAAACGGAAGAAGUACAUCUAUGCAGAUCAUUUAACAUUUUUACUACCUGCUUUUGCUAAGAGACAAACUUCUAGCAAUCUGGAUGAUGAGGUUCAAGAAACAGUGGAUCCUGCAAACAAUAACAGAACUGUUACACCAACUGGCACUCCUACAAGACCUAGCACUUCCAGUACCACUGUCACCUCACCUGGCACUUCCAGCAGUACUCGCACUCCACCUGGCACUUUAAGCAGCACUAUCACCCCACCUUCACAAUCAUCUCAAUCUGACAUCACUCGGGCAGCAAAAAGAAAAAAAUCAAACAUUUCAUAUGGUGAUGUACAAAAUAUGCUGUCCAAGUUAUGUGAUUCGGUCUCAUCUUCCAGAGAGGCUUCCCAAGAAUCUUCUGCUAAGAGGGCCUAUGCCUUUGAGGAUUCUCAAGAAUUUGCCUUUUAUACUGGUUUAAUUCCAACCAUUAUGAUGGUUCCUGAGGGGCAUAGGCAAAUGCUGAGAAUGGACUUUUUGCAGUUGCUAUAUAAAUAUUUACCCCAAGGCAAUAACGUACCAAACAGGCCUCUUAUGCACCCACCGCAACCAUUUCAUCAACCCCCACAAUCAUUCAGUAUGCCUCAAAGUAGUACCCCAAACCCUUAUCCUUACCCUUUUCCAUACCCUUCGACUUCCCAAGCAUGGGAUUCCCAAAAUUCAUUUACCGACCUUUAAUAGAAUUACUGGUUUGGUAUACCAUUAACUGUUAUGCAGUUUAUUAUGUUUAUUAAUGUAUACUGUUUAUUCAAACAGAUUGCACUUUGCACUUUGUCUUUUUUAGUUAUGUUUUUGCACUUUUUUCCCAUUGUUUUCUAAAUAAAUGGUGAACUUGUUAAGCUCAAUUCUUCCUUGUAUCCAUAUAUUUUUAUAAAAAUGACAGACAGAUAUCCAUAAGGUGGAAAGCUUUUUACUAAAAAAACUAUUUACAAAAAAAAAAAAAUUACAUAAGCUGGUUUUCCAGGUCCAGCACCCGAUUUUUAAGCUGCCGCACUUCUGCCACCAGCCGUGCAUGGUCCCAGUUUUCAUCGUCUUCUAUGAAAAAAAA